GUUUUGUUUAUUUUCCUCAUUUUAAAAAAAUCUUUCGUAUGUUGAAAACAGCAGAAACAUAUUUAGCUUGGAAAUCUCCCUAGAAUGACAUUUUUUGUAGAGAAUUAGCACUGCAAAGAUAAACUGAACUAAAUGAAGAUGGUGCCCUCAUAUCAGCAGCAUGUUUCACUAUGUGCAAAGAAAAAAGGCAUGGAAAUUUAAAAUGUAGGCAUUUGCAACAGUUCAGCGAAUUAGUUUAGAUAUCUUGUAGAUACCCCCUGGAUUUAGGGUGGCGUUUUAGACUUGACCCACCAGGUGGAGGCAAUGAGGCAACAGUGGAUUUUCUGGAGAGAUUAUCUCAUUUCCAGCUUGUGGGUUUCCCCAGAAUCCCCAGGAGCAGCAGGAGGAGGUAACUAGAAAGAGCUGGGGUAUGAAUAGCUGCUAAAAUUACAGCUCUGUGAUUAAUGUGUAAGAUAGAAAACCAACAGAGCCUCUUCUAUGUUUUUUACUGGGGUAAUAAUGGCUAACUAAAUGAGCAGAGCAGCAUAGCAAACAAAUACAGAUUUAGGCAGGAACAUGUGAAAAAGAAGGUUCUUUUAGAAAAUAAUCCUUUAAAAAACAACAACUUCUCUCUCCUUAGUUAGGUCCUUUCUACCCACCUACUUUUGCUUGGUGAAGAAUGGCAACAUGAUAAACUCUGAUGUAGAAAGUUCACUGUUACGGCGCUCUAUGUUGUGUGUGGACAUUUGAUUACUAAUAUUACCUUUUAUUGAAUCCAUUUUGGUGCAAAUUUGUCAUAUAAAUUUUGUUCAUACUAGCUGGUAGAUUAUAACGUUUCUAUUCAGUCUGCAUAAGUAUUUUUUAAAUCUGGACAAGUAUGUGAAAAGAAAAUGGAGUGUGGAGAAAAAUAUUGUUUUUUAGAUUUGAUUCCCUUUACUUAUUUUCUAAAAUAUCAAUCCAUCCAAAAAUCUGUCAUGAAUUCAUAAUGAAUUUAUGUGUUAAUACUUUUAAAAACUUUUUGCUUUGACACGACUAAAGUGAUCCCUGGAUCAUAAAAUCAUUUUCACAGUUUCUGAAAUGAAUAAUUGUAAACUCUUUAUGAGACUGUUGGUUCUGAUCCAACCAGCUGAUAAAAAAACCCCUAAUAUUCAUAUUAUAGUUCAAGGCUGGAAUUUUAUGAAAGAACUUGAAAUGUCAUUUUGGCAGCAACAUGGUGGACAAUCAUUUCAGAAAUGACUGCAUUCCCAAUGACGAGAAUAGUCUAUACAAUAUGAUGUUGAUGAAUGCAGUGGAAAUGCACACAGUUUAUUAUACAAACCUGACCUUUGAACCUUUAAGGUUAAACUUUACUGACGUCUUGGAUCCAGACAAAGAUUAUCUGAUAUAGCAGAUUGUUCAGCUUUAAAUUAUUGAAUAAAAAAUAUUAUCUGUAAAUAUUUUUGUGCACAAAUAGACAUUUGUCUAUUUCCUAAAAUAAUUUCCUUAGUCAUAUUUUGCCAAAAGUGUAUUGCCAAAAUCAUAAAUAAAAAUAACUUUGGAGAUUAUUUUAUUUUUAAGAAAGUGACGAAGUAAAAGUUUAUCCGUUAUUGGAUAUAAAUUUGGAGCUUUAACAGAAUAUUUGUGUCUGCACAUCUACACAUUCACAUGCCGGUCACAUACGCUGUUAAAUGUUGGAUAUUGUUGCGUUUUUUAUUGCAUUUUUUUGCGUUUGUAGCAUCUGUCUGCACGUACACUACCGACUUCAGCGCAAAGCUCUGCCUCAUUUUUGCCUGUUUGCUCCUGAUUCACCCUGGAUGCCCUCGGCAGUCACAACAAAAGCGCUUUUCACCGUGGAUAGGAUAGGUGGGUGGGAAGGGGCAGCGGUCAGAUUAGGACCGUUUCCAGCAUCUCCUCUCGUAAAAACACGCGGUGGACACGCGCGCUUCCGCCAGCUCGGCACGGGCUGUUGCACGCGCUCCGAGCACGUGCUUUGAUCCGUGGAACAGGUGUAAGUUUCGGCGUGUUUUCGAGUGAGGCUGCUUUGAGCAAAACAGAAGCGCGGCUUGUUCGAGCAUGCGCAGUCGGCCCGCUCCCCUCCCCCCGCUCCUGUAGUUAAGCCAGCGUUACUCCAAAUCUUCCCUCUCUUUAGAAAAACAGAGCCCUAACCCCGCUGCUGCCUCUUAAUGUUGCGUUUAAAAACACGUCCCCCAUGUCUCCAUGGAAAGCCGCAGCUGCUGUCAUUUUUAUUUAAAGCAGUCCAGACAGCGUGGCUGUGCUGCUGCUGCUGCGCUUGGUUUGGGGUUUACACAGACCGAGCUGUAAGUAGGUCGGGCUGGGCUUAAGCGGCUUAACUACGUCAGCCUAAGCUGAGAGGAAUUCAUCCAAAGCCUUCCGCUGGUAGGCGGGGGCCUAAACGAGGCUGGCCUAGUUAAGCCUGAUUCUUAUUGUGUGCAGCACAGCCAGUUUUUAUUGUGCAACGUAGCCGUGAGAGAACCCAGGACCAGAGUGUGAAUCCAUGCACUUGUUAGUCAAAGCCUAACAAGGGUUGAUCUGGAGCAGAAGAGAAGGGAAAUGAGGCAUAAAUGAGUGUUAGGAACAGUGUGUGACCGGGGACCAAGAGAGAGGACGGCAAAGCAGAGUGGGAAGCCACAACUCUGAGAUUGGGAGCAGUUUUAGGCCUGGUUUGGUCCACCCCAGUCUGCUAUGCCAUGAGAUGGCCUCCAACUCUGUGUUCAUGUCCAGCAUGGUGGGUAAAGCGCGCUCUUCCAACUUCACCCUCUCCGAGAAGCUGGACCUGUUGAAGCUGGUCCGUCCUCACAUCCGCAUCCUGGAGGAGCACACCAACAAGCACGCCGUCAUUGUGGACAAGAACAAGUGCUGGGACAUGGUGGCGGAGCAGUACAACGCUCUGGGAGGGGACAGACCCCACCGCACCGCCCAGGGCCUCAGAACCCUCUACAAGAGGCUGAAGGAGUCUGCCAAGCAGGAAGUGAUGCAGCGGAGACACGCCCAGCCCGAGUACAGAGGGAGCAUCUCUGAGCCGACCAGGAGGAUUAUGGAGAUGAUCCCUUACUUGUUCCAACACGUGCCCAUCCACGAGAAGGACCAGGCACUCCGCAGGUUAAUAUACAACAAGCACACGUCCCCCAUUGAGCAUCCUGGCAGCAGCUCCUCUCUGGCUGGACUCCAGGAUUAUUCAGCACCUGUACCAAGCAUCGAGCACGAGGUGGUCCAGCUGGACCCCGAAGAGGACGUGAAACCACCGCCAGACCUCCCCGUCGUCACUUCGCACGCCGUUCCAGUGCUGGACGGAUUUCAAGAGCCAGACGGGGAGCAGGACUUGGCCAGCACCCACAAUUACCAGGCGUCCUUGUCUCCCGCUUCUUCCUCGGUUAACAUCGCCCUCUCUGCCUCGCCGCUGCCCUUGAGCCACGAAUUCUACCCAAACGACGUCUACCCUCGCCACGAGGCGGACAGGUUUCGUCCUCUGCACCUUGCCAAGGAGGAGCACGAUCUGGUGUUGGCCAAUCACAGGAAGGUUUCCCUGUACCUGGAGGAGAAGAGAGAGGGUCUGAAGAGGAAGCAGGAGCUGGAGGAGGAGCUGCUAAGAGCCAAAAUCAAAGUAGAGAAACUAAAAGUUGCCCGGCUGAGACACGGACUGCCUAUUCCUCUAUAGCAGCGAGCAGCAUGCACAUACUCUGGUUCGCAAAUACGCUCACAUCCCUGUAGCUUUUUCUCACUUCCAUAAACUCCAAUGUAUCUUAUUGUGACUUUAUGUCAUAAAAAGUAGUGCAAAAAAAUUACAACUGUAUAUUUAUAUUGACUUCCCUUUAUGAAAAAAGUCUAUUCAGUUUUUAAUUUUUGUUAGUCUUCAACCUUGGCUCUGCAGCCAUAAGUGUCUCUUCCACAAUAACUUUGACUAAAAAUUACAAAGAACCAGACAGUUAAUAUUUUUAAAUGCAGAUUUGAUAUCAAACGCAGGUUUUUAAUCUUUUUUUCAAAGAUUUCCUGCAAUAUUUGCACUAAAUUUUCACAAUGAAAGACAAAAAGUGAUUUAAAGAACUUUGAACUGCCUUAUUGUUGAACCGGGCUAUAAAAUGAACUACAUUGAUUAAAAAUAUUUAUAUCUGUUUUCUUAACAUUCGUUUAGAAUGUGUGAUUUAAAAAAAUCAAACCUGUUUUAUGUUUAUGUUAUUAUUAAAUCCUAAAAAUGCAAAUUAUACCCUGGUUCUAUAAUAUGACAAGAAAUUUCCUAAAGUAGAUAUUUGUCUCAAAAGUUGUCUUCUGUUCAAAAUGACUCCAUAAGAGUUUUAUUUGGAUUUUCUGACACCAAAAUGGCUCCUUAGGGUGUAAAGUUUACAGACUUUGAUCUGUCCCUUAAAAUCACAAUAAAAUACACUGAAGCUUGAGGAUGUAACUUCACUAAAUAUGAAAAAGUUUCCCGGUUCUGACCAUUUUGGCGAGAUUCUGAGUGUGUGUGUGUGUGUGUGUGUGUGUGUGUGAGAGAGAGAUGGUGGAUGUGACACAAGUGCUUCUGACGAACUGAUUCAUGCUUGACGGCAUUUUUAGAAUCUGAAUUACUUUUGGAAACGUAGUGCCUCAUCCGUACCUGCUGCAUGUGAUUAUCGUCCUGUUUUUAGGGGAUACGCUGCAGUCGGUUACCUUUUAUGCUGAUCGGUGUUGAACGUUGUCUUCAUUAUUCAUAGAAGUGGCGACAAGAGACUGAUUGUGUGACGUGAAAAACAAUUUCUUCAUCUGCAUCUAGAUGGUAGCCGUGGGUCUGUCAGGAUAGCGUGAAUAUUCUUUAUUAACCAAGAUUAUUAGGAUUGCUGUUGCAACGUAAGUGUAAGUAGUAGGACAGUUUGGACAAAUCUUGUCAGUCUGAAAUGAAAAAAAUCCCCCCCCCCGUUUCUGUGGCAUUUGAGCUAUUAAGAAGUAAUAAACAUUAAAGGCGAUUAUUUUUUAGGUUCUUGGAAAACUGGACAGUCUUAUAUAUCAGCUUAGAAAUGAAAAAAAAAAAAAAAAAUAGGUCAUCACAAAAGAACAUGUCUAAAAAUGUUUUUAAAUCAUAGUUGUGGUACAACAAACAUUUUGAAAAGCCUUAUGUUCUGAUGAAGUGAUGUGGGGUAAAAAUAUGCGACAGUCGGGGAAUCUCUGGCCCUCUUAUUUAAGAAGAAGAGGGAUUUUUUAAUAUGUAUGUACAUGUCUAUUUGUUCCUAUUUAAUGUGAAUUCGUUGCUGGUUGUUCUGUAAUGUUUGUAUACCAGUUUGUCCUCAUGUUCACUGGUUUCUAUUAA